UUAUCGACCUAACGAAUGGACGCCUGCGUACCUUUUUGCAUUUUCUUUGUACGUUCUUCUAAACAAAUUGCGUCGUGAGCAAGCAUCCUCUUUGCGAAACAAAAUUUUAGUUUUAUAUAACAUAAUUUUUUAAAAUGUCGCUGCUUCGUUUAACACGGUGGCAUGCACGUUUAAGUGGUUUAUCAGCACGAUCGAUUUACACCGCUGACGUCCUGCUGGCGCCUUCCAAUGAAGGGAACAAACCUCCAACUCCUAUGAUUGAUUUGGAAGAUAAAUCUCUUCCGAUUCCAAUUUAUAAGGAGAAGAAAAAUGAACCUCUCCAGUUGCAAAAGUCACGAUUGCUGUAUCAAUCGAGAAAGCGUGGAAUGCUGGAAAAUGGUUUACUGUUGAGCACAUUCGCUGCCAAGCACCUGGACUCGAUGGAUGCUAAGCAGACCAAACUGUACGACCAGUUGAUCAACAUGCCCACGAACGAUUGGGACAUAUUCUACUGGGCAACGGGUGUGAAACCCACGCCAGCCGAGUAUGACAACGAGAUCAUGGCAAUGUUGAAGGAGCACGUCAAGAAUGCCAAUCGGGAGAAAAGGAUUUGUCAGCCAAAUCUGUACUGAAUAAUUUGGAAUAGUGAUGUUCUCGGCUAUGGAUAAGAUUCAACAAGGAUUGUGAUAACGAAAAAUAUAAUCAAUGUGCAGGUAGUUCUCUAAUGAAACAGUCAUAUUAUAUAGGUGGAAAGAUUUACCCCC